UGGAAGUAUGGCGGCACUAGCGACACAACUACAACUCGGCCAAAGUUUAAUGCACAGACUUUCACGUGAAAACGAUGAAUAAGUACGCGAAUAGACGUGUUGGUAAAGAAGUGCUCGGCGACUGUACACAGAGGAAAGGGCUUGCAGGAAGAGUCGUCGGUCUCUGGCCGGCUGAAUUUCCUCGCUUUCUCUUCACCUCCUUGAUUGAAGUGCCUCUAGUACGGGUACCACAGGGGAAGAAACUCCGCAAGACGGAAAGAGUGGACACGGAAGUUUGAAACAGACCGAAAACUCUUGCUUUGGAAAGACAAAUUACAAAGAACUCCAUUGUGGCAACUACGUACUUAUUUUGGAGACGUUUCAGUGCACUUGUCCGACGUUUUUACCAGCGUGUAAACAGCAACUCAGCAAGAGCCAACUGUUGAGUGCUCGAUGUGCAUGUAAGGGUCUCGCGCUGCAUACCACCAGCUAACGUUAGUUAGCCUUCAUGGCUAACUUAUACAUUAGCCUUAUUUCGCCAGCUACCCAACAAUGUAAAAGCUUCUAUGGCCAUAUUACAUUGCAGUGCCAAACUUUGAUCUCUGAGACAUCCAGACCUCAUUAAUGCAUGAUAAACAGAGAUAUACUGGAGUAAGAGGGAUCUGCACAGGUGAACACAGCAUCACCCAUACUCCAGGAGAAGACAGACGAAACUGGGGAGAGGGGCUCCUGUCUUCUCCUGACCCUCUCCUUGACUGUUGCCUAACUCUUACACGGUGAGUGACUGAGUCCAGCUUGGAGAGUCCCGGCUGCGGCCUGGCACCCUGCCCUUAUGGGGCAGCAGCCGGGAAAGUUUGUAGGGGACCAGAGGAGACCCAGUCUGCCAGCCUUCAUCAAGGGUGGAAAGAGAGAGUCGUCACGCCAUGGGACCCAGCCCUGUAAUGUUUUUGCUGUGCAUGAAGCUCUCCAGAGACCAGACUUUGAGAGCCAGGGACUGACAGAAGCAGCUCGCUGGAACUCCAAAGAGAACUUGUUGGCCGGACCAAGCGAGAAUGACCCCAACCUGUUUGUCGCACUCUAUGAUUUUGUCGCAAGCGGUGACAACACACUCAGCAUUACUAAAGGGGAGAAGCUGCGUGUGCUUGGUUACAACCACAAUGGCGAGUGGUGCGAGGCACAGACCAAGAAUGGCCAGGGUUGGGUGCCAUCCAACUACAUCACCCCCGUCAACAGCCUGGAGAAGCACAGUUGGUACCAUGGGCCUGUGUCGCGCAACGCUGCAGAGUACCUGCUCAGCUCGGGCAUCAAUGGGAGCUUCUUGGUCCGAGAGAGCGAGAGCAGCCCCGGCCAGAGGUCUAUCUCUCUGCGGUACGAGGGGAGAGUGUACCAUUAUAGGAUCAACACUGCAUCUGACGGCAAGCUCUACGUCUCGUCAGAAAGCCGUUUUAACACACUGGCCGAGCUGGUGCACCACCACUCCACGGUGGCUGACGGCCUCAUCACUACGCUGCACUACCCAGCGCCCAAACGCAACAAGCCCACAAUCUACGGAGUCUCCCCCAACUACGACAAGUGGGAGAUGGAACGCACUGACAUCACUAUGAAACACAAGCUUGGAGGGGGGCAGUAUGGGGAGGUUUAUGAGGGGGUUUGGAAGAAGUACAACCUCACUGUGGCUGUCAAAACACUAAAGGAGGACACUAUGGAGGUGGAGGAGUUUCUAAAGGAGGCUGCUGUUAUGAAAGAGAUCAAACACCCCAAUCUGGUACAACUGUUAGGUGUGUGCACUCGGGAGCCCCCGUUCUACAUUAUCACAGAGUUUAUGACCCAUGGGAACCUUCUAGACUACCUGAGGGAGUGCAACAGAGAGGAGGUGAAUGCAGUGGUGCUGCUCCACAUGGCCACGCAGAUCUCCUCUGCCAUGGAGUACCUGGAGAAAAAAAACUUUAUCCACAGGGACUUAGCUGCUCGAAACUGUCUGGUUGGAGAGAACCACCUGGUAAAAGUGGCAGAUUUCGGCUUGAGCAGGCUGAUGACUGGAGACACCUACACAGCUCAUGCUGGGGCCAAAUUCCCCAUUAAGUGGACUGCUCCAGAGAGUCUGGCAUACAACAAGUUCUCAAUUAAGUCUGAUGUCUGGGCAUUUGGCGUGCUGCUGUGGGAGAUUGCCACCUACGGGAUGUCUCCCUACCCCGGUAUUGACCUGUCCCAGGUGUAUGAGCUGCUGGAGAAAGACUAUCGCAUGGACCGACCUGAAGGCUGCCCUGAGAAGGUCUACGAGCUCAUGAGAGCCUGUUGGAGGUGGAACCCUUCAGAACGUCCAUCUUUUGCUGAAACCCACCAAGCCUUUGAGACCAUGUUUCAAGAGUCAAGCAUCUCUGAUGAGGUGGAAAAGGAGCUCGGAAAGAAAGAGAAGAAGGCAGCCUUAGGCCCCAUCCAGCAGGCUCCAGAGCUGCCCACCAAAACCAGAACUCUCCGCAAAAACAUGGACACCCGUGACGGAGAUAGUCCAGACCCCGUAGAUCCAGAAGCAGCUGUCUCAUCACCCAUGCUUCCUAGGAAAGAGCGCCCUCUCCUGGACAGUAGCCUGAAUGAUGAUGACCGCCUGCUCCCCAAAGACAAGGACAAGACCCGAGGCAGUGGUUUCCUCAGUCUUAUCAAGAAGAAGAAGAAGAACGCCCCCGCCCCGCCCAAACGCAGCUCCUCUUUUAGAGAGAUGGACAUCCAUCCCGACAGGAGAGGUGUGACUCCAGACCCUCGAGAAAGUGAGAGCUUCAACAACGGUGCUGCCAUUAAUGACGUCACACAUGGCUUGGACUCUGCCAAGUUCCUGAGUAUUAAUAAUAACGGGGCAGGGGGGAUCACGAAUGGGGCUCCGACAUAUCCAGGACCCUUGUUUCCCAGGAAGAAGGGAGCUCCGGCGAUGCCCAGCCCCGGAGGGAAAGCGGCUACGACACCGCCCAGUGAGGAGGAAACCAUGUCCAACUCAAAGCGCUUCCUUUGGUCCUCGAGCAUGCCCUCAGGCUCAGAUGGUACCGAGUGGAAGUCCGUCACUCUGCCGCGAGACCUCGGCCAGCGACACUUCGACUCUGGGACCUUCGGGGGCAAACCAGCUCUGCCACGCAAAAGAACCAGUGAGCAAAAAGGGGAGAAUGCUCCUAGAAUGGGCACCCUGACUCCCCCGCCUCGUCUGACUACAUCAGCAGAUGCCUCCUCUUCUUUCUUAGGCAAAGACUCUGACCCAAGUCCUGGUUCUAGUCCCCAGGCUUUGACACCUAAAGUUGUAAGGAGGCCAGGGCUGCCUGGGCUUGAGAACUCCAAAACCAGCGCUCUUCACGCUGAGCUCCUCAAAUCAAAUGUGUUCCCUGCUUUAGGUUUAGCGGGGGAGGAGUGCCGUGCCCGCAGGAACAAGCACUCUGUGGACUCCUCAUCUGUCAGGGAGAGAGGGAAGCUUCAGAAACCCAAACCAGCCCCACCCCCACCACCUACUAGUGCCAAAUCAGGCAAGAGUUCCCGCAGCCCCACCCAGGAUCCUCCCUCCCCCUCCUCCACCACCUCAGACAUCAAAGCUAAGGGCCUCCCCUCUGUCUCAGAGCCUCCCCACACCACCACCACUGCCAGCGACCGCGAGGGCUCUAAGAAGCUACCGCUGGGCUCCUCCUCCUCCAAACCUCAGCCGUUAAAGACCUCCACCUCCUCUUCCUCAGUGACCACCUCCCUCUCCAGCCACAGCCUUGGAGGCUUCUCUUCCUCCCUCACCUCCCCCAUUGAUCAGAGCUCACCCAAUGCUUUCAUCCCACUAGUGAACACCCGACGCUCCCUCCGCAAGACUGCGCCCCGUCAGGGUUCAGAGAGCACCCCCAAGUCAGCCGUGACACGGGAGAUGGUGCUAGAAGGCACCGAGCUGCUCCGUGCCGCCAUUUCACGCAACUCGGAGCAGACGGGUAGCCAUAGCGCUGUGCUGGAGGCUGGAAAGAACCUGUCCAAGUACUGCAUGAGCUUCGUUGACUCCAUACAGCAGAUGAGGAACAAGUUCGCCUUCCGUGAGGCCAUCAACAAGCUGGAGAGUAGUCUGCGUGAGCUGCAGAUCUGCCCCACGGCCACAGGGGGCGCCAACACGCAGCAGGACUUCAGCAAGCUGCUGUCCUCUGUCAAAGAGAUCAGUGACAUUGUUCAGAGGUAGCGCCGUAAAAAUUUCACCAGACCAGUAAACUGAUGAAUUUUAUCUUUACUACCCUUUCUUCCUGAGUAUGAAUUGUUCGUUUUAAGCUCAUGUUGAUUUGAGGGUAGUAGAGCUGCAGAGCGAACGCUCUGAAAGCCUGUGGUUAUUGUGGAUGGAAUCAAAGGAAUCUCUGUGGAUGUCGUGAGACAGUUUGCAAUAUAGAAAAAAAAAGCCUUAACCAUGAAUAAACAGUGUCUUUAAGCCUUAAUGAGAGGCUCAGGGCCAAGUCUUCAUCAACAUGACUUUUCACCAAUCAUUUUUGAAAGCGUCAUGUUUUGUAUUUGAGUUCUCCCCUUUAUGCCUGACACUAGUAAACUACGGCCUGUUUUUGUUUCCAUCAUUGUUACAGUGUUGGAGCUUUCACUGAUGCAGAUGACAAUGAACAAAAAACACUAAACCUCACCUUGUUACCUUAAAAACACUUCAACUCAUCCUCUGUUGUAAAUUAGGGAGUCCCAGUGUUUAUAACCUGAACAUUUCCUGUUGCCUUCAUACCCCGUCAUCAUAUGAUUGGUUGUAUGCUGAGUGUGUUUGGUCUGUAUGAGUGCCUUUUUGCAGUAUUUGCAACCAUGUGCCAUAAACUAAUACUAGUGGGAGCAAGUAAAUGAGGCUUCCCUGCACACAUUGGGAACAAGUAGUGCCUUGGCUGAGUUUUACAGGUGGUAAGGAGUAGUUUUGUUUGUUUGAUUGAUUGCCAUACCAAAAAAAGUUUGUCUCCAGUCUGUGCUGGAGAGGGACCAGGGUGCACGAUCUGCAACUCAGCGGAUUCGACUGACUUAUUUUAUGCUGUCCUAAGACAGGACCUUUUCUUUUUAAUACAAGUUUCUUUCUUCUUUCUCUACACGCCAGUCACAGAAGCCAUCAGUAGCAGCCCAGCAGGUUAUUUUUAUCAGACAGAAGAAGCACACAAAACAGCCUUUUGUCCUGAGAGAAUUCCACUGUUUCUAAUGGAUUUCCACCCCAGAAAAAACCCACACAGAUAUAUCCUGGGGGAAACACUGGACUGAAAUAUUUGUCGAUGUCACUUGCUGUCUUACAAAUAAACAUAUGAGAAGCUGACCAUUUAAGACUGAAAACACCCAUGAAAUUCCACUUAUACGUUCCUUUUACUCGUCUGCAAAUGUUUGACAUUUUCAGUGUUUGUGCUGUCGUCAUUUCACCCCGUGUGCCCCAUCUGACUGCGAUGCCUGAGGACACAAAGUCGAAAACAAGCUGCCUUGACUUCAUCACGGUACUCUGAGUGUUGGCUUUUUUUUUUUUCUUAAAGAAAAAUCCACCCUUUUACAACCAUACCACUACUCUUUUGUCUACGCCUUGUCACAGAUUUUGUAAACAAACUUUGCCUUCCUUUGUAAAUAUGAUUUCUUUUUUCCUAUUUGUUUCCCCUCUAGCCUUGGUGCAAUUUUUGUUGCAAUAAAGUACAAAGCAAUUGUGCUACUUGAA